AUGAUGGAGAAAUUUGUGUCGAAAAUAACUGAUGCUGCCGGUGAGGGAAAGAAACUUGGAGUUGAAGAUCCAAGAAGAAUUAUUCACUCAUUGAAAGUAGGAUUGGCCAUAACUUUAGUUUCACUGUUCUAUUACUUUGAUACUUUGUACCAAGGUUUUGGCGUUUCUGCAAUGUGGGCAGUUAUCACUGUGGUUGUCGUCUUUGAAUUCUCAGUGGGGGCGACGCUUGGACGAGGCGUAAAUAGAGCUAUUGCAACAUUGUUAGCGGGCUCACUUGGCGUCGGAGCACAUCGGUUAGCAAAUUUUCUUGGGGAGAAAUUAGAGCCUGUAUUUCUUGGAUUAUCUGUUUUCUUAGUAGCUGCUGCAGUAGCAUUUAUUCGAUUUCAUCCUAAAUUGAAGGCAAGAUAUGACUAUGGACUUCUCAUAUUUAUCUUGACAUUCUGUUUAAUAUCUGUCUCUGGCUACCGGGACGACGAGGUUUUGAAAAUGGCACAUAAGAGGUUGUCCACAAUCCUCAUCGGUAGCUCGGCUGCUGUGGUGGUUUGCAGUUUCAUAUGCCCUGUAUGGGCUGGCGAAGAUCUUCAUAAUCUCAUUGCGGGCAACAUCGAAAAUCUGGGAAUCUUCCUCGAAGGUUUUGGACAUGAAUAUUUCCGAACAUCAGAUGACAAACUCCUAGAUGACAAAGCAUCCAUUGAUGAAUAUAAAAGUGGUCUUAAUUCAAAAGGCACUGAAGAAUAUUUGGCAAAUUUUGCAAAAUGGGAGCCUAGACAUGGUCGCUUCCGAUACCGGCACCCUUGGGAUCAAUACCUAAAGAUUGGGGCACUUGUGCGAGAAUGUGCUUAUCGCAUUGAUGCUUUGAAUGGCUAUCUUAACUCGGAAAUGAAGACACCAGCAGAAGUCAGAGCCAGAAUUCAAGAAUCAUGCACAAAGAUGAGUUCAGAAUCCAGUCUUGCUUUGAAAGAAUUAGCAUUAUCAAUGAAGGCAAUGAGUUCUUCAUCCAUUGCUGAUCCUCAUAUUGUCAAUGCAAAAACUGCAGCCGAGAAGCUGAAGUUAUUGCUGAAAUCAGACAUGUGGGAGGGGACAGAUUUUCUUGAAAUAAUCCCUGCAGCCUCAGUUUCUUCUUUACUGAUAGAAAUUGUCUCCAGCACAGUGAAAAUUGCUGAUUCUGUUCGUGAACUUGCUUCCAUGGCAAAGUUCAAAAAUGAUGUUUUGAAGCAGAAUGAAACUGAUAAAGGGAAAGUAUUGAGAGUCCCAAGUAUAGAAAGAUCCCAUAAUAUUUCCAUUAUUGCUGAGUGA